AUGGGUUGGUUAAAGAUUUUUUUCUAUACAAAAUAUUUUUACUUUUGUGAUCAUAGCAUCAUUUCUUCGAACAGUACAUGGAAAAUCAACAACAUUGAUCUAUAUCGUCAAUCGUCACUUUAUGCAUCUUCUCCGACGUUUUCAAAAACGGGCAAAGAAUACAUUCGCCACAUUUCAUCAACAUUAAAUUCGAUGAACAUUACCGAUCUUAAUAAUGUGCCUGACAUGAAAUUUUAUCAAAAGCUUCCAUCAUCAUCAAAUUUGAUUUCUUUAUGGCCGUAUUCAAAUAUUUCUGACGUUACAUUUUACAAAACCUUAUUUCUAAAUGAAUUAAGAUUUGGUGCUGAUGAUUUUCAUACUGUUCGCCGUUCAAAUGAUGCCUGCAUUUUGUAUAAGUCAAGUAGCUGUCAAUAUUUGGUUGGAUUUAUAAUCUGUAUUGGUCACAUACUGACUAAAAAUCAAGCAUAUGUACUUGUAAACGAAGCAAAAAUUUCGUCUAGUGCUGAUACUUUAAGAAUUCGAGGAAGAACGUUUAGAUGCAGUAAUAUUAUGCAAGGUGCUGUUCUUCCUAAUUCAACAACUGUUAUCAGCCCAUCUCAAAUUAUCCAUAAAUUAGUUUUUCGACCAGUUUAUGAAAAUGACAGUAGAACUAUCAGUUCAUUUAUUUUUUUUCAAUAUCGUAACUAUAAAGAAUGUUCAUAA